CAGUAGCUGGAAGGAGGAGGAGGAGGAGGAGGACGUAGAGGGUCUGUGGACGGUGAGAGCAGCUCUGUUUGCUUUCAUUUCAACUCUUUGUCUGCGCUUCAGAUCUGUGCUGCUGCUGUUAGAUGAGGCCUGAGAGUAGAAGUGUUUCCCCUUCAGGCUUCAGGCUGAGAGACUAAAGAGACUGACUCAUGGUUUGUCACAGCGUCUGAUGCAUGUGUUUGCUCAUCGUGUUCCUGCUCUGAUUCUCCGUCAGGCGCCUCCAAAAAGAGUUUCAGAGCAGGAAGCUGCCGAGGACUUUAUCAGCGGAUCAAAGCGGCGCAUUCUUUCCAUUCCCCCGUUCAGCCGGAGCCAGGAGGAACCUUCUCCCCGCCGCCUGGGAACCCGAGUGUCACCGUUAUUCGCCCUGUUCCGGGUUCUGAGGGAAACUUCUGCUGAGUUCAUCACAGGGAGAUGUGCUGAGAAGAACCCGGGUCCUGUUUGUUAAAUCCGCCUCAUGUCCCCGUGGGCGGGGCUGAGGGUUGUGCGAGCGCUCGCGGCCCCCGGGCUCUGCCGAUGAUGACGGCGAUGGCUCUGUCCCGGCGGCUGCAGGUCGGCGCUCUGGCCGUCGCCCUGGUCCUCGGCGCCUACGUCCUGUGUCUGAGCGCCGAGUGGCGCCCGUCCUGCUUCGACCAGCCGCUCGGCUGCUUCCACGGCCUCGUGCCCAGCAUCAGCAGCCCUCCUCCCAGAAAGGUCACCUCACGCCAGCGGGACCAGCCUCCCCCGACCUCCCCCCCGACCUCCCCCCCUCCCCCGGAAAGACUCCCACAGCCCCAAUUUUUAAAAACUCAGGCCACCUCCACCGUGAAGCCUCCACAUCUGCCUCUGAACGGGUCCAGCUCCGAUGCUGACGCUGCUGCUGCAGGUGAAGCUCCGCCCCCCACCACGGCGGCCACGCCCACAGAGCCCCCCUUCAUCGGAGACGCGUACAUGAGCGAAGACGUCGCUCCACAAACGACCUGCCCCGCCGGCGUCCGGGGUCGGCUCAGAGCCAGCGAGUUCGGGGGGCGGGUCCUGGAGCGAGUCCCCGUCCUGCAGGCGGCCAAACACGCCACGCCCGAGCAGUACCAGCGUCUCAGCAGAUACCCAGGGACCCACGGCUGGGGGGGCGUCGACUACAAGAGCGCCCGAGUCGAGGGAUUAACCACUGAACUAACCCGGGUGUCUCCUCUGUGGACAGCGCUCCUGGACACUCUGUCCGUCCUCAACUCUUCCGCCAACUGGCAGAUGUUGGACGACUGGACGCGUCGCGGCAACGGGUCCGAGUGCAGCCGCUGCGCCGUGGUGGGGAACGGAGGGAUCCUGAAGGACUCCGGGAAAGGGCCGGAGAUCGACGGCCACCACUACGUCUUCAGGACGAACGGUGCGAUCCUGAAGGGCUUCGAGCAGGACGUGGGCGCCCGCACGACUCACUACACCUUCUCCACCAACACCCUGAUGAACUCCCUGAGGAGCUACGCCGGCGCCGGGUACCGAGGCCCCCCCGUGUCCGAGGAAACCAGAUACGUCUUCCUGCCGGACCACGACCGGGAUUAUCUGCUGAUGAAGGCGGCGGCGACGCGCACCGCGGUGGAGAGGGGGCCGGAGCGCUACAAGGACCCGCUGAAAUACUUCGGAGAGGACGUGUCAGCAGAGAAGCUGAAGAUGUACCACCCGGAUUUCAUCCGUUACCUCAGGAACAGAUUCCUUCGUUCACACGCUCUGAACACCAAAUACAAGGACAUCUACCGUCCGUCCACGGGGGCCGUGAUGCUGCUGGCCGCUCUGCACACCUGCGACCAGGUGAGCGCGUACGGCUUCAUGACCCCGGACUAUAAGAACUACUCGGACCACUACUACGACAGCAGCUACCGGCCCGUCGGCUUCUUCAUCAACCACGACCUGCGCAUGGAGAUGAACCUGUGGCAGCAGCUGAACCAGGCGGGUCUCAUCCGGCUCUACACCCGACACUGAACCACGGGGGGGGGGGGUCUACACCCGACACCUGAUACUGAGCCUCACGGAGGAGGGAGGGGGGGGGGUCCACAUCACCGGAGCCCCGGUCAGAGUCAGGAGACGGUUUCUGUUCAGGAAGGACACGAUGAUUCCUGGACGCUGCUCCCGUUGUUCCACAUGGACGAUUUCUUUUUUUUCCUUCUUUUAUUUAUGAAACUAUUGAGUCUAAAUAUUUAGACGUCUGAAAUCCUGGGUGGAGGGUUCCUAUUUAAUGUCACGUUAACACGUUCAUGAGCUCGAAGCAUCGUCGCCGGCAGCCGCUGCUAAAAGGAGAAACCGACACCGCGCCAUCUUUGAGUUAAUAUCCGACAACAAACCAGCAUCUCGUCCUGCAUCCAAACCUUCACGUCCUUAAAGUAAAACCAGAUCAGGUUUGUGGUUGUUGUGCAGGUUUCCAGAGUUUUCUGACACGUCUCAGAGGAAUUAGAGUAAAAACGACGCCAUAAAAAAAAAAGGAGAAACUCCGGAAGCUUUAACCAGGAAGAGGAGGAGGAGGAUUUUACCAGCUUUAAAGCGUCUUGUUGUAAAAGAGAAACUGUAGAAGCUUCAUGUAGCCGUGUGUGUGUCUUUAAUCCUCACUCGUGCCUUAGUCCUGCUGUUAGUGGUGGAUUCAGAGACGGGACGUGAGGCCACUGUAACGGAUCUUAAUGUUUCCUGCCAAAGCGAAGCUGUUUGCUGGAUGUGAGCGGAUAAAGGAGAGGACGUUUGCUUUUAACCGGCCCUGAGCAGAGCUCUGCUGGCAGCGGCCUCCUCUCACCUUUAACACCAAAUAACCAAACGCUGACAUGCAGACACUUCCAUUAAGGGACUUAACUUAUUUGUUCGUGUUGUGUUUGAGUGCAGCGUGGCGACCUGAACGCUGUGACACCUCUGCUGGACUCUCAGUGCCUUUUUAAUGUGAACCACUUGUUUCAGUGAUUGAUUGGGGUUUGGAUUUAAAACGGAUGCAACUUUUACUGUAGGUCCGACACAGACGGACGAUUAAAGAAACCAAAUAAACACGUCACACAUCAGGGAACAUGUGCAUUUAAAACCAGCUUUUAUGUUUAAUAUUUAACCGGAAUCACUGACGCGUCUGUUUUCAAACUGUAGCAGAGGAAGAGACGCUGUUUGGUACGAUGGCUUUGUUUUCGUUUUUUAUUUUUUAGAAGGAAGCUGUGAUUUAAUCUCGGUUUGGCUGAGAUAUGUUUUGUUUUGCUCACACUUUAUUUUUACAGGUUCGUGUUUGUGUCAUUUCUGUGAAUCCAGGAUUCAGAGGAUCAUGACAAAUCUGACAGGUUGUGAUGUUUUAUAGUGAAUCUUUAUAUUUAUACUGAGUCCUAAAAAAAAUUAUCUCAUAAAUCACAUCAUUUUUCAGGGGUUUUAUGGUUUUUGUUUAAACGUUGGGGUUAAAUAAAACACAGAAUCAGAAUCUAUGGCUGGUUUAAGGUUUAAGGCAUCGAGCUAAAACAUUCCUCCAGCUCUUUAGGGCCUUUCUGUCCCGGCUUCUUAAACACAGAUGAACCACGAGGCCUCUCUGGUUCCUUCUCCAUCUUUAUGUCUCAGAGCUGCCGUGGUCGAGGUGGGGGCCGCUGUGGUUGGGGUGGGGCCGCCGUGGUUGGGGUGGAGGCUGCUGUGGUCGGGGUGGAGGCUGCAGCAGGGAGUUAGAGUCGUGAGUCAGGCUUUACCAGACGUCACAGCUCCACACUGCAGCCUCCGGCCGGACGGGUUCGUGUCUCUCUGCUGCCCCUCAGUGGACAGAACGGCUCAGGCCAGGUUAGGAAGGGGUCAUAAUGUUAUGCCUGAUUAUGGUGUUUAGUCUCCAUGGGGACGUCUUCCCUUCAUUAGGAAAUCGUUGUGGUCCAACUUCUUCUUCUGAGAAUCUGUCCCACAAACAUUUCAGGAAUUUAAUUUUUUUUUUGCAAUUAAACAUUAAGAAAGAGUCGUUAAA